UUUUGUUUUCUCUACCAAGAAUUCUAGUCCAUUAAUGGAGUCUCAAGUAGAGUCAUCUCUUUCUUUUUCUUCUUCUUCUUCUUCUUCUUCUUCUUCUUUUUCUUCUUCUUCUUCUUCAUGGAGUGGUAGAGUUCCUCCUCUUUCAGUCUCUCAAGGAACAGAAUUUGACCAGCACCAUGUGAUGGAGGAUGAGGAGACAUCAGUGGCACUUGGUGAACGCCUGAGAUUCAUUGACAUUGAAUGGAAGGAAGUGGAAAAACGUUUUGAUAGGCUGGCUUUCACCGGAAAAGCCCCUGAACCGGUCGUGAAGUGGUCGGAUUUUGGUUUUUGUAUAGGUAUGCAACAAUCACCAGAAUUUGCUAAAGAGGUUUUAAUGGCAAUAAGAGGAAGAGGAAAAAAAAGUAAAAUUGAUAUGACAAAAAGAGAACUCCAUGGUUACUGGCAUAGAUUGACUGACCCUUGCUUCAAUUCAAGAGUGAAAAUUUUCUUUGACAUGUGUGACAAAAAUAUGGAUGGAAGAAUUAAUAAGAUGGACAUCAAGCAGAAUAUUUUGCUGAUUGCUUCAACAAAUAAAUUGUCUCUAACACAAGACCAAGCAGAGGAAAAUGCUACUUUAAUCAUGGAAGCUCUUGACACUCAAGGCCGGGGCUUUAUCGAGCUAUCUCAACUAGCAGCUCUCUUCAAAAUAAGCUUACCAAUGAGGGGCUCACUAUUACCCAACAGAAAUCACAAAAGUAACAGUGACCUGGAAGAUCACCAAGAUGAUCAACCAAUCAUGUCAAAGCCAGAAGUGUUGUUUCGAGCUCAUUGGAGGAGAGGAUGGAUAGUUGUGAUUUGGUUGGUGAUUUGCCUGUCACUUUUCACAUGGAAGUUUAUUCAAUACAAGCAUAGAACAGCUUUUGAAGUAAUGGGUUAUUGCCUUUGCACUGCUAAAGGAGCAGCUGAGACCUUAAAAUUUAACAUGGCUGUCAUUCUUCUUCCUGUUUGUAGAAAUACCAUUACAUGGCUUCGCAGGAAAGCAACAAUCAAUUCUUUUGUACCCUUCAACGAUAAUAUCAACUUCCACAAGUUAAUUGCAGGAGGAAUAGUGGUUGGUGUUCUACUCCAUGGAGGAACUCAUCUAGCUUGUGAUUUUCCGAGAAUUAGUGGAUCUAAUCGAUCAAUUUUCCGGCAAACUAUUGCCGCCCGAUUUGGGUUCCAUCAACCUUCGUAUGUACAAAUAUUAACCACGACAGAAGUAGCAACGGGAAUUGCAAUGGUAAUACUAAUGGCAAUUGCAUUUUUGCUAGCAACAAAAUGGCCCCGUCGCCAAUCGCCUUUGCUGCCUAAAUCUGUUAGAAAUGUGACUGGUUAUAACGCUUUCUGGUACUCACAUCACUUGCUCAUUCUUGUCUACGUCCUGCUCAUUGUUCAUUCAAUGUUCCUCUUUCUAACAGACAACGUAACUGAAAAAACGACAUGGAUGUACGUUGCAUUUCCAAUCAUGUUAUACACCGGAGAGCGUUUUGUUCGAGCCAUAAGAUCAGGGUUUUACGAUGCAAAGAUUUUGAAGGCAAGUAUUUAUCCAGGGAAAGUUUUGUGUCUCAAGUUGCACAAACCAGAAGGUUUCAAGUACAAGAGUGGGAUGUAUAUUUUCUUACAAUGCCCUCAAAUUUCUUCAUUUCAAUGGCACCCAUUUUCAUUAACUUCAGGGCCAAAGGAUGAUCACCUAAGUGUCCAUAUUAGAACUCUUGGAGAUUGGAGUUAUCAAAUAUACAGUCUCUUCCAAGAGGAAAUAUUAUCUGGUGGAGUAAAGACGAAGUACCCAAAAAUUUACAUUGACGGACCUUAUGGUUCUGCUUCACAAGAUUAUGUCAAGUAUGAUACAGUGAUGUUAAUUGGGCUUGGAAUAGGAGCCACACCUUUCAUUAGCAUCCUCAAAGAUCUAGCUAAUUUUGAUCAGGCCAAUUGUGCAGAAAGCAACAUUUCAAGAGGUCCAUUAAAAGCUUAUUUUUAUUGGGUAACAAGAGAACAGAGCUCCUUUGCUUGGUUUAGAGAUAGCCUCAGGGAAAUAUCAAAAACAAAUGAAAAACUGGCUAUUAUUGAAAUGCACAACUUCUUAACUAGUGUAUAUGGAGAAGGAGAUGCAAGAUCUGCUUUAUUAAGUCUCAUUCAAGCAUUGAACCAAACCAAAAAUGGCGUUGAUGUUGUAUCUAGAACUGAGGUACCAACACAAUUUGGUCGUCCAAAUUGGUUCAACAUCUUCUCCAAAUUGGCAUCUAGACACAGAGGAGAACGUAUUGGGGUGUUCUACUGUGGCGCAUCAGCACUAGCAAGGGAAUUGGAGAGGUUGUGCACCAAUUUCUCAACCAAAACAACUACUAGAUUUGUAUUUCACAAGGAGAACUAUUAGACCUCAUACAUAGAGCGAUUUAAGAACAUGAAAUUAUUUCAUUAUUUUUCGAGUAAAUGGAAAAAAAUUCAUUUAUUUUUAUUUA